AUGACCGGCACGACCGUGAACAUCCGCCAGCAACGGUAUGAUCGCUCGAGCUCAGUCGGCUGCAUAGAAGAACCACACCUGUCACUUCAGGAAAUCGAACCUCUUCGAUGGGACCGCGCCUUAGAGAGCUCAGUGCAGGCACUACACGAAACGAUGAACUCACCCGCCUACUGGCAAUUUCCGAACAACACUGCAUCAAUGUGGACUCGGGAGCUUCAAGACGUUCAAGGUACACUCAGCAGGGCCAUGAAAGGUGGUGAAGGUAGUAGUGGUGUUCAGUCGCCCUCAAGCGAUACCACAGUGAAGCUGGGGAAUGGUGGUUAUGGUCACAGUGGCAGCCUUACCAGUUCUUCGGUCGCUAACGUCACCGUCAUCACACCAGAGGUGGAUGAUGCGCAAACUUCUAGGACUUCGGAACUCGAAAACCCGCUCUCGCUCCAUAGUCGUCCACUUGCUGGAAUAUCAAACAAUCCAUCGCGUCGAAAUCACUUCGACGAUCCGAACCAGACCUACGCAAAGCACAACAUGGGCGUCUUACCUCCUGGCUUGGCUCCACCAGUGCAGAUACAUGCCGGGACGUCGCUUGAACUCUUCCGCUUUGCACAGAACCCCAUUCGUGCCACUUUUGACGAUGCAGCUCUUCACCUGUCAAACUUUUCCAACCCACUGGGAUCACCAAAUGACCUUCAUGUGCCGCUUCAAAUGAAUUUGCAUCAGCGAAGGUUCAGUGGUAGGAUGUCGAGCCUGCCAAGCAUCCCUUCGCCGCUGGGCCCUGGACGUACGAGGGAACAGCUUCGUGAGGAUGAAGACGGAGGUGUGUUGCUCUCGUCGGUCCCAAACGGAGCUGUUCUGCGCGACUACAAGAUGGGAUGUACAAGCCUAGAGGGAAACGCUACACAGAUGAAGAAAUCAAUGCAAAGGAAGCGUGUUCCUUCGUCGCCUAAAGUGCAGCAAUACGUAUCCACCGGAUCAAUGCACAUACCGCCUGUGUUCGACGUAUACCCGCCUAGCGCUCAGAUCAAGGUCGAAGGGAACAUAUUUUCGCCUCUACCAGGUUUUGUUAAUGGUCCUGGACACUCGCGAAAGUACACCGAUCCCUUCAUCGACCAUGAACCGACCCAGAACGACUCAGCAUAUGUCAACUAUACUCGCCUGUCUGGAACUGCUACGCCGUUCAGACUCUCGUCUCAGUCGUCCAUGUGCUUGCCUCCCACCCCCCUCACUGCGACAUGGCCAACCUCUGCUUCUGCAACUUUUAGACUCGCGUGUCCGCCCACCCUGGCGUUUGCUCCUCCUCAGUCUCUACCGGCUUCACGAGGUCGUCCACCUAUGCGGUCCAACCUAACUAUUCUGCUGCCUCCGCUCUCUAGCAUCCAGGGCCGGCACCAGCACACGCCAGAAGCUCGUGCACGUCUCGAAGCGCAGAGGCCUAAUUGCGAAGAGUGGAUCUGUAUCGAAGCCGCCAAGAUAGCACAGCUAGCGAGGCUAAGGCACGCAGCGGAGCGUCGCUACAGGGAAACACAUGCCGAACAGGAUUACAAAAGCUGGCAGCAAAUCGAAGUGGUGUUUGCUGAUGCUACGAACCUGGAGAAGCGACAGGAAGAGAGGCGGAACUUGUUCUUGAAUGAGAAGGGUAUGACAGCGUUGAGAACUCCUAAGAUUGAGGACAUGUCAGCUGCGAGCCGCGAACGGGGAGGUAAAGAUGGAGAAGAGAAGCUGCUCGGCUUCAAGAUGGCGUUGAUGGAGCGGGAGUGUGUUGAGGUCAAGCGCGAUGAAGAUGAAGAAGCUAUUACCGUUGAGAUGUUGGCGACGUUGAGCUUGGAGGAGAAGAAGGCUCUUCGAAAGCAUCUUGUAAGGCGUCUUGAGCGAAGGUCUUGA